CCGGGCGGGCGAGCCUAGCGGGGUCGCGUUCCUACCCGCUAGGUCCGGCAGCCGGGGGUCGUCGUUCUCUCUUUGCCGACUGGGAUGUGCGCCGUGGUCACGACGGAAGCGGGUUCCUGGGGAUGAUGCGUGGGCCUUCGGGUUGAUAGGAUUAGAAGGGGACGGGAUCUGUAGAAAGGGGUUUGCAACUCAGAGCGUGGGGUGGCCUUGGUUCACUACGCCUGCAGCUGUGAAUUCGUUUUCCGGUGCUGUAGAGGGAUAUGGUUAUCUCUGUUCUCUUGUCUCCACUUGGGAAAGAAGGACGUGCUUUCUCAUGCUACAGUUUUUGAGAAAUCGCUCUGUGGGAGGAUUUGGGGACACAAUGGGGAACCAGACAGGCAGUCGGAGGUCUGGUGCCCACCUGAAGUAAGUUCCCACCCAGGGUACCAUUUGCUGGGCGCCCGAGGGAACUGCGUGGGCAUCCAGAGGAGUGAGUCGUCCCCUGCUCUGCUCAGUGCCCACCUCCCCGGGCAGGGCAGGCGUUAUUAACGUAGGGGGAGAACAUCCAUGCACACAACACAUGCGCGAUGAAGUCUGGUUUUUUUCCUUACCACUUAGCUUAUAGGACUUAAUCCCGUUUUGGAUCUCUCUUAGCCACAGUUUACCCAUUUAUUACUUGCCACUCUCCCCCCAGCCCACAUCCAGCGGGAUGGGAUAAGGUCUGUUUGAGAAGACAACUUGAGCAAGUGGCUGAAGGCUGGACUGACAGGACCAGGGAUUGUCCUUAGACUGCCAUUGCCAGGCCCCAUAAUAGGGGGAGAGAGGCAUUUGCACAAGAUACGUAGCUUGCGAGGGCAGCCUAGUGUGUGAUUCACAGGGCUGGCUGACCCCACUUUUUCUAUCAUGUCUUUUCUCUUGAAGCCACGGGAGUAAGUUAUCUUUGAGGGGCACUCCAGAGGGAAAGGAAGUAAGGUUAAGAACCUGGUGACUGUCUCCAGGAAGCAGAGAGUUGAUGGUGAAGGAGGAGGAGGCUCAGAGACAAGGACUGGACACCUGGCAAGGUGGAGGAGGAGAAUGGAUGCCUCACUCCCCAAGCAUCCGCAGAACAGCGCCUUGUGCUCAUGAGGGUUAAAUGGGGGCUCAGGUCUGCUGUGGCAUGGUGCCAGAUAGUUGGUGUCAUUGUUGAGUUGGACGUGGGUCAUAACUGACACCAUGAACAGGUUCUCAGUUGGGGUGUUUGUUGCCAUCCCAAUUCUGUUGGGGUUAAUACAUGCUUUUUCAUUGCAUCAGGCUCCAGGAAUGAGCUGUAGCCUGUGGUCUAACCCAUUCCUCUUUUCAUCACUGAGUUGGAAAGGCUUCUAGAAGGGUUAUCUGUUCCCCACCAUCCUGGUUGGGCACAGUGAUGAGAGCCUGUCCUCUGUCUCAUGCUGCUUCGGCUCUUAUGGGAGGUUGAAUGGAGCAGCUGAACUUAUAGACAGUGGCCUGGUGGAGAAGAAGCCGGAAGAUGCAGAAGGGCCUCCCCUCCCAUGGGCUUCUGCCUGGUGGCUGCAGAAUGAGGCCGGCUGCCUCUUCGCAGCAAGGCAGGUCAAUGGCCAGCAAGGAGGGGGGUCCGAGCCGGCGGCGGCGGCGGCAGUGGUGGCAGCGGGAGACAAAUGGAAACCUCCACAGGGCACAGACUCCAUCAAGAUGGAGAACGGGCAGAGCACAGCCGCCAAGCUGGGGCUGCCUCCCCUGACGCCCGAGCAGCAGGAGGCCCUUCAGAAGGCCAAGAAGUACGCCAUGGAGCAGAGCAUCAAGAGCGUGCUGGUGAAGCAGACCAUCGCGCACCAGCAGCAGCAGCUCACCAACCUGCAGAUGGCAGCAGUGACAAUGGGCUUUGGAGAUCCUCUCUCACCUUUGCAAUCGAUGGCGGCUCAGCGGCAGCGGGCGCUGGCCAUCAUGUGCCGUGUCUACGUGGGCUCAAUCUACUACGAGCUGGGGGAGGACACCAUCCGCCAGGCCUUUGCCCCUUUUGGUCCCAUCAAGAGCAUCGACAUGUCCUGGGACUCUGUCACCAUGAAGCACAAGGGUUUUGCCUUCGUGGAGUAUGAGGUCCCUGAAGCUGCACAGCUGGCCUUGGAGCAGAUGAACUCGGUGAUGCUGGGGGGCAGGAAUAUCAAGGUGGGCAGACCCAGCAACAUAGGGCAGGCCCAGCCCAUCAUAGACCAGCUGGCUGAGGAGGCACGGGCCUUCAACCGCAUCUACGUGGCCUCUGUGCACCAGGACCUCUCAGACGAUGACAUUAAGAGUGUGUUUGAGGCUUUUGGCAAGAUCAAGUCUUGCACACUGGCCCGGGACCCCACAACUGGCAAGCACAAGGGCUAUGGCUUCAUUGAGUACGAGAAGGCCCAGUCGUCCCAAGAUGCUGUGUCCUCCAUGAACCUCUUUGAUCUCGGUGGUCAGUACUUGCGGGUGGGCAAGGCCGUCACACCGCCCAUGCCCCUACUCACACCGGCCACGCCUGGAGGCCUCCCACCUGCCGCUGCUGUGGCAGCUGCUGCAGCCACUGCCAAGAUCACAGCUCAGGAAGCAGUGGCCGGAGCAGCAGUGUUGGGUACCCUGGGCACACCUGGACUGGUGUCCCCAGCACUGACCCUGGCCCAGCCCCUGGGGACUUUGCCCCAGGCUGUCAUGGCUGCCCAGGCACCUGGAGUCAUCACAGGUGUGACCCCAGCCCGUCCUCCUAUUCCGGUCACCAUCCCCUCAGUGGGAGUGGUGAACCCCAUCCUGGCCAGCCCUCCGACGCUGGGUCUCCUGGAGCCCAAGAAGGAGAAGGAAGAAGAGGAGUUGUUUCCCGAGUCAGAGCGGCCAGAGAUGCUGAGCGAGCAGGAGCACAUGAGCAUCUCGGGCAGCAGCGCCCGCCACAUGGUGAUGCAGAAGCUGCUCCGCAAACAGGAGUCCACAGUGAUGGUUCUGCGCAACAUGGUGGACCCCAAGGACAUCGAUGAUGACCUGGAAGGGGAGGUGACAGAGGAGUGUGGCAAGUUCGGGGCCGUGAACCGCGUCAUCAUCUACCAAGAGAAACAAGGCGAGGAGGAAGAUGCGGAAAUCAUUGUCAAGAUCUUUGUGGAGUUUUCCAUAGCCUCCGAGACUCAUAAGGCCAUCCAGGCUCUCAAUGGGCGCUGGUUUGCUGGCCGCAAGGUGGUGGCUGAAGUGUACGACCAGGAGCGUUUUGAUAACAGUGACCUCUCUGCGUGACAUUGGCCCCUCCCCCCGGACUUGCACUUGUUCCUUGUUUCCUCUGGGUUUUAUAGUGAUACAGUGGUGUCCCCCGGGCCAGGCGCGCUGUGCCCAGCCCAGCCUAUAGUGCGGAUAAAGGUGCGGAUGCUGCUGGCCCUGAA